AAAGCCUACUUGGAAAACCUUUCCACACUAUAUUCAAAACCCACCAUCAUCACUUGGUGCCCUUAGACCAAUCCCUUUCAAAGGCUUGAAAAACAAAGGAACCAACUUUCCCUUUCAAUUCAUGGCUUCUUCUUCUUCUUCUCUCACAAUUUCCCCACGAAAGCUUUGCUCCGAUUUGUACUCGUAUUCAUACGAGGAGAAUUCCAGCACCCCAUUGGUGAUAAAUGUUCUGGCUUCACUGAUUGAGAGGAGCAUGGCCAGAACAGAGAGGAUCCUGAAGAAUGGUUCCUCGUCUUUGUCCAAGGCCAUUAGCACAAACAUCUUUGAUUGCAGGGAGAUCCCAGACAUGACAAUUCAAUCCUAUCUAGAGAGAAUUUUCAGGUACACACGUGCAGGACCAUCGGUCUAUGUUGUGGCCUAUGUCUACAUUGAUAGGUUUUGCCAGAACAAUCCAGGAUUCAGAAUCAAUGCCAGAAAUGUUCAUAGACUUCUCAUUACAACAAUCAUGCUGGCUUCCAAGUAUGUCGAAGACAUGAACUACAGAAAUUCCUACUUUGGAAGAGUUGGUGGGUUAACAACCAAUGAGCUGAACAAGUUGGAGCUGGAAUUCCUUUUCUUGAUGGGUUUCAAAUUGCACGUAAAUGUGAGUGUUUUUGAGAGCUAUUGUUGCCAUUUAGAGAGGGAAGUUAGCAUUGGGGGAGGAUACUACAUUGAGAGGACUCUAAGGUGUGCAGAAGAAAUCAAAGUGAGGCAUAGAGACGAAAGGGGUUACUCACACAUUGCUCGUGUAAUGUUGUAGAAUGAAUAUUGGGGAGUUUUUGUUUGUUGUGGAAGGUUUCUUUUGGCCUGAAAACAAAGAAAAACAGUUUAUGUGUACAGAUCAGUAUAAAUCUAAAUGGUUGUUGUGGUAAUUGAGGUUUAGGAUAACGAGAGCGAAGCCAAAGCUUCAGCUAUCAACAAAUUUGUUUGGUUUCUUCACUAUGUAAAGAGUGAAUUUUCUAUUCAAGAAAUUUUAUCGAGUGUUUUGCUUCUAUUCUAAUUGUAUGUGCUUGUUUUGACC